AAAAGCGGGUCCAGUUUAGGUAAAGGGAGUGGCAGUGGUUGUCGAAGCUGUAUUGAGAUAAUGUGGGGAAGAGAAUAGAUAGGAGUUUCUUUUGAAGAGAGGUGAAUGCUACGUGUGGGCUUGGUGAUGUAUGAUGAAGGUGCAAUGUAAUGAUGUUUGUGUGGUGAGAAUAUGGGGUAAAGGAAUAUAAGCAAGAAGCUGCAAUAUUUGAAAUAGGAAAUUACAGAGGAGGUAGAGACUGAGAGUGGAGAGAUGAGAAAAGAGGAAGAAGAUAGGAAGUUGCUGGUUGAAGAAGCCAAAACUAACGGAGGGCCUCACUGUAGAUUUUCAUCUCUUUUAGCCUCUAAAGAUCGCGAUUUUCUUCUCUCUUCCGAUGGAACUCAGAUUAAAGUCUCUGAGCUUGAAGGCAAAGUGUUAGGGCUCUACUUUUCAGCUAAUUGGUAUCCGCCAUGUGGAAGUUUCACCCAGUUUUUAGUUGGUGCAUAUGAAGAGCUAAAGAGAAAUGGGUGUGACUUUGAAGUUGUGUUUGUAUCUUCUGAUGAGGACUUGGAGGCUUUCAACAAGUACAGAGCUUCAAUGCCAUGGCUUUCGAUUCCAUUUCCUGACUUGGAGACAAAAAAAGCCUUGGAUCAUAAAUUCAACAUUGAAGGUAUUCCUUGUUUAAUUAUUCUGCAACCUCAUGAUUAUAAGGAUGAGGCAACUCUGCACGAUGGAGUUGAACUUCUUUAUCGAUUUGGAGUGCAAGCUUUCCCAUUUACAAAAGAGAGACUGGAAGAACUGAAAUUGGAAGAAAAGGCGAAGCAUGAGAGACAGACCUUAACCAAUUUACUAACAAAUCAUCAUAGAGACUUUCUUUUUGCUCAUCCUGCACGUAAACAGGUGGCAGUUGAUUCUCUUGUUGGCAAAACUAUCGGACUUUUCUUCUCAGCUGAAUGGUGUCGCCCAGGCUUGAAAUUCACCCCCAAGCUCAUCUCCAUCUACAACAAGAUUAAGCAGAUGGUGAAGCAGAAAGAUGAUGAAGAUUUUGAAAUUGUAUACGUGUCGACUGAUCGAGAUCAACAAGGGUUUGAAUCCUACUUCAGUAUCAUGCCAUGGCUAGCAUUGCCAUUUGGAGACCCAACAAUAAAAUCUCUAGCAAAGCAUUUUGAAGUGCAGGGAAUUCCCUGUUUGAUAAUUUUAGGUCCUGAUGGUAAAACCAUUACUAGACAUGGGAGGAACCUGAUAAACUUGUAUCAAGAAAAGGCAUACCCUUUUACCGAGGCAAGAGUUGAACUGCUAGAGAAACAAAUGGAGGAAGAAGCUAAGAACUUACCAAGAUCAGAGUAUCAUAUAGGGCAUAAACAUGAGCUCAAUUUAGUAUCAGAAGGAACUGGAGGUGGACCUUUCAUUUGUUGUGAUUGUGAUGAGCAAGGGUCUGGUUGGGCUUAUCAGUGCCUUGAAUGUGGGUAUGAGGUGCAUCCUAAAUGUGUUCGAGCUGUCGACCAUGGUGGAUCUGCGCGUGGUCGAUGAAUAAUUUUAAUUAAGGUUGGGUGUUUGUGCUAAUUAACGUUUGCUAAUUCAGCUUCGGAUGUUACUGUUGUGUUCAUACCUUGGUCUUGAUAUUGGUUUCGCUUGUAAGCCUAGUACUAGCAUUAAUUAACAAUUAAAGUUCAAAGUUGAAAACUUUUCCCUCAGCAGAUGGAUAUUUAAGUGCAUACAAUUUUCUUGAUUGUAUUCCUUUUGACACAAGAUGUGUGUAUCAUAUCUUCUGGGAGGAAAUUACCAGUUGUCAGGUGAAAUUGAUGGCACUAAAUCUGUUGAUUCCGGAUAUUUUUACUGUUCAUUUGAUCAAUGUAUACAGUAGACACCCUUAUAUUAAAUGCAAUUUUUCCUUUUUCACUAUUA